AAGAGCUGAAGCGGCCAAACAGCCAUCAGCGACAUACUGGGUGAGCCAAAUGAUGGUUUCUCACUGAAUAUACGAGGCCAGGUUAAACAGCACUGUCAUUGUCAGCCGUUUCGACAUCGGGCAUACGCUGAACUAAUCCAGAAACCCUCCUCUCAGGAAUGGAUUUUGAAUGUCUUGAUUGAAUAUUGGAGGACCUCUCCUCGACCUGCCGCGGAAAUAGACUGACUUCCUAGUCUCCUUACCGCUGCCGCAGAAAGACCGCUCUACUCAUCUCAGUAAACCCAGACCAUCCGCGGACUACAGACUCGGGCAUCUGGACACAUCGGAAUUGGUCUAUCGUCGUUUUCAAUACACAAACGUUCCUGUGUGUGUAUUUGCUGCCUGUAUAAUGCCGACACAUUUGCGGUUCCGGAGAAGGUCAUUCCUUGGGCUUUUAUUCCUUUUUUCACUGUCCACCUCCGCAUUGUACUUCAUCUACUCCGCCCCCGGAAUCGUGAAUGAGUAUGUGUUCAUGGUCCAAGCCAGAGGGAUCCAGAUCAGAGAGAACGUGAAGAACAUUGGGGCUCAGGUUCUGGAGCAGGUGGUGAGAGGAGCUUACAGCGUCAAUGGCACAGAUUAUUCCUAUGACUUUAACUUGAGCGAGAGCGAUGCUCCUCCCACCACAUACCUCCCCGAGGGCUUCACCUACCUCCCCUCACAGGUUUGCCCUGAGAGGCUGCCCUCCAUGAAGGGCAGGUUGGAGGUGAACAUGAGUGAGGUAUCCCUGGAGGAGGUGGAGAGAUCCUUGCUGGAUGUAAAGCCUAGCAUGGUCCUAGGAGGCUACUGGAAGCCCGAAGACUGUUUACCUCGCUGGAAGGUGGCAAUCCUAGUCCCGUUCAGGAACCGACUUGAACACUUACCGAUCCUCCUGAGACACCUGGUGCCGGUGCUGCAGAAACAGAGACUCCAGUUUGCCUUUUAUGUGAUAGAGCAGGAGGGCACAGAGCCGUUUAACCGAGCCAUGUUGUUCAAUGUGGGCUACAAAGAGGCUAUGAAGGACCUGGACUGGGACUGUCUGGUCUUCCACGAUGUGGACCACCUCAUGGAGAACGACAGGAACUACUACGGCUGCACAGACAUGCCCCGGCACUUUGCGGUCAAGCUGGACAAGUACUCCUACAUGCUCCCGUAUAAUGAGUUCUUCGGCGGUGUCAGUGGCCUGACGGUGAAGCAGUUCAAAAAGAUUAAUGGAUUUCCUAAUGCGUUCUGGGGCUGGGGAGGAGAGGACGAUGACCUCUGGAACAGGGUGCGGUAUGCCAAUUUCUCCGUAAGUAGACCACACGGAGAGCAGGGGCGCUACAUGUCAAUUCCACAUCACCAUCGUGGGGAAGUCCAGUUCCUGGGAAGGUAUAGUCUACUACGCCACUCAAAGGAGAGGCAGAAAGUGGAUGGUCUUAACAACCUAAACUACUCCCCCAUAGUGUCCAGGAGGCCUCUCUACACCAACAUCACAGUCAGCUUGAGCAGAAAGCUUGCACCCAUAGCUGACUACUGACGUAGGCACAGCUGUACUGCAGACCACCUGGGAAUCAAAGUCCUCUGGGACAUCAGCCAUAUCUCACCAGUUGCAGCACUGCUUAGGACUUUUUAGUUGAUUGAUUCUUUGCUUUGUUUAUUUUGUUUGUAUGCAAAAAAAAAAUGAAGACUCAAAUAAGUAUGUUGGAUAAAUCAUAAAAGAAAAUAGGGAUAAAUGCUGCACUUGCUUGUGCUACAGUCCAUCACUCCUCUCAUCUGGGCUUAUCUAGUCUUCAGUCUCCACAUGCCUUUUGCACCAUUUUGGCCUUCAGCAUCCAUUCAUUCAUUUUCUUAUUCAGUCAACGAUGAGUUCAGCCCUACACUGUCGUGCUUGCUUAUUAAAAUAGGCCAUGAUACACAGGCACAUUCAAGUGCACGCACAUGCCACACAUGCACGCAGACAGCAUUUUGACUUACAUGUGCUGACAUGGCCCCUUUGGCUUUUUUUUUACUUUGCGCUUGCACUUCUUCUUUUCACAAAUGCAGUACACAUGUGAAAACAUUUGCAUGCACCCACACACACACACAUAC